AUGACGAUGAUGUCAAAUCUUCCAAGCGAUUUGGUAGAGGAGAUUCUCUCUAGACUUCCUAUGAAAUAUAUGAGAUCAGUGCGAUUCACUUGCAAAAACUGGAACGCUUUAUCAAAAGGUCAAACCUUUACAAAGACACACAUUGAUAAAGUAGCAGCACCAAGGGAAGAGGAGUUUCAGAUGAUUGUGAUGAUGGAUUACAAUGUUUAUCUAAUGAGCAUCGUCGUCAACGGCACCGGCCUUGAUCCAUGUAAAGAGCUUAAAGGGAAACUUACUUGCCUUGACGAACAAGUCAAGGUAUCUUACUUUCUUCACUGCGAGGGUGUAUUGUUAUGCAUCUUGAGAGACGACUCUAGGCUUGUGGUUUGGAAUCCGUAUUAUGGGCAAAGAAAGUGGAUCGGAAGCAAACAUACUUACGGUUUAGGAGAGAGGUAUAGUUACUCGUACGCCCUCGGAUACAACAAAUCUUGUCGUAGCCACAAAAUCUUGAGGUUUAGAGAAAAGUUUAGAGAAAGUAAGAUCCCUAAUUACUUUUCAUGGUAUGAAAUCUACGAUUUCGACUAUGAGUUGUGGAGGAGCCUUGAUGUCACUCCAAACUGCCUUUUGAUGUCUGCUCAGCAUGGCGUUUCUCUCAAGGGAAACACUUACUGGUUCGCUAAAGAAUUGCACUCACACAGAUUUACCAAUCACGUAAUGUGUUACAUAAUGUGUUUUGAUUUUACGAGGGAGAGAUUUGGGCCGCUGCUUCAUCUACCGCAAACCACCAGUGGUCUAGACAUUGUGAACCUUUCUUGUGUUAGAGAAGAGAAGCUUGCGGCUUUAUUUCAGCCCAAAGGAUCAAACAAGAUUGAGAUAUGGAUCACGACAGAGAUUGAGGCCAAAAAGGUGUCGUGGAGCAAGUUCUUGACUGUGGAUAAGGGACCAGUUGUUGGCAUUCAGAUUUCUUUUAAUGUGAGUUUCUUGAUUGAGGAGGAGAAGAAAACCGCCGUGGUUUUCCAUAAAAAAGACAGAGUUCGCAUCAUUGGAGAAGCUGGAUACUUAAGGGAAGUGAAUCUCGGAAAUCAAGAAAGUUGUUGGCCACAUGCAUGCUCUUAUGUUCCAAGUUCAUUGCAAAUCAAGAAACCUCAAGAUGGCAGAAGGAAAAAACAAAGCAGUUCAAAAAGGCGAAUCAAGAAGCAAUCUGGUGGAGAAGCCAAGAGGAGAAAACGAGAUUUGUCAAUUUGCAAUGAAGAAUCUUUGUCUUUCUCGGUUUUAUUCCUUGAGCAAGAUUUGCUAAGGUGUUGGUAA